UUUUAUUCUCCAUACAAUGAGUUAUACGUAGUGUAUACAAUAUACUGUAAGAUUGAGACCAAACCUCCAUCGGUUGCUAUAUUCUCAAGCCACCAGCAACGACCUUAGUCCUAGUAUCACUUUAAAAUAAUAUUAAUAUUAAUAUUAAUAGCUAUGGGAUAUGCAACAUACCACCAAAGCCCAAAUAAAAGAUGGAAAAAGACCAAAAGAACCACGAGAAUCAAUCUCAUUCCACGGGAUAUUAUAGUCGGUAUUUUGGCCAGAGUUGCUGCUCAUUCUCUACCGGAUUUACUUCAUGCCAAACUCAGCUGCCAUGAGUGGAAUGAAUUGGGGGAUGACGUGAACGUGUAUAAACAAGCAUCUCUAGCUGACUUCCCAGUUAUUUCGGGUUGGAAGCCAGAAAGUGAUGAAAAGAAAAGAAAAGUGGCUUCCUUUUUGAACAAGUGUAUGGAUGCCCAGAAUCUAGAAGUUUUGUUCAGGACAGGAGUGGUCGGUUAUUUUAGCGGACGAGAACAAGAAUACGCAUUGAAGUGUUUGAGGAAGGCAGGGAAUGCGGGACACGUGGGAGCAGUAUAUGCAAUCUCCAUAAUUUCCAUGCUAUUCAUGGGAGGUGAACACAAGGAGAAAGGAAUGGAGGUGUUGAGUGCCAUGAAGAAGUCGGAUGAAUUGCGAGUGAAAGUUGGAGAAGCUCGUCGGGAACUAAUAUCGAUCUUGAAAGAGAUUUGGAUUGAGAGUUUUGUGGUUCAUAGGCAAAAACCAGUUUUUUGCACUAGAAGAGAUCAUUCUUGUAUGAAGACGGGCUGGGAUGCGGGCGAAGAGAACUUGAGCAUUGAUUGCACUUAUUGUAAAUGUGAUUUUGAAAUUUCUGUCAUAGAUAGUGUUCUUCCAUCUCCAUUAAAUAAUAAUGUGGUUUAACC